AGAACAUGAAGAAUUACAGUGACCGUGAAAUUUUACAAUAUUCAUAUUAUUAUUAUUAUUAUUAUUAUUGUGGAAAAAAUUGUGUUAAUUUAUAUUCUCUAUUUUUAAUGUAAAAUUAUUUUUGAAUCAUUGAAAAUAAUAGUUAAAAUUAUCAAAAAAAAAAAAAAAAAAAAAAUGCGUAGGAUAAAUUUUAUUGGAUUUUUGUUAGUUCAUUAUAUUUUACUUGUAGAAACUGAUGAUCAAAUAUGGCCAUCGCCUGGUUUUACGAAACCACAAUCAUUGGAUAGUGAAAUCGUUAAUUGGAAUUAUAUAGAUACAUUAAAUAUGGUUGUAAUUUCUAUAAAUGAAGAAGCUAAUCACAAUAUAACAAUUGCUGUAUUUAAUUACAAAGGAAAUGUUAAACCGGAAAUAGAACGAUUUGCAAAUAGUUAUGAAAAUAAUGAGAAUCUUGGUGCUGAAUUUGUAAAAAAUAAUGCAGAAUUUUGGGAAAUAGUGAUAACUAAACGACAGGAUUAUGAAACACCAGUAAUGCAAUAUUACACAAUGAUAGUGAAAAUUAAUUCAAUUAUAAGUACAUAUAAAGUGAGAAUAAUUGUGAGAAAUAUCGAUGAUAAUCCACCAGUUAUUCAAGCCAAUGAAAAAUAUUGUUCAAUUGAAGAAAAUUAUGUAGGACUAACAAAUUGUAGUUUUAUAAUUAGCGAUGUCGAUGGUUGGAUUGAAAAAACUACUUUCAAUAUUACAUCCACGCCAAACAGUGGAAUCGAACAUUUUUCAAUGGUUCAAGUACCAAUCGUUGGUACUCAAUUUAGAACAAAUGCAAUUUUAAAUACAACAAAAAGUUUGGAUUUCGAAACUAUAUCUGUUUAUACUCUAAUAAUCACAGCAAAGGAUAGUGGCAAUAACACAAGUAACAAUUUAAUAACAGUUGUACGAGUUAUAGAUCUUCCCGAUAUGCCACCAAUGUGGACUAAUCCGAUUUCAGCGAUAACAAUUCUGGAAAAAUCUAUUAACAAUUUUCAAGUUUCGGCAAUUGAUGGCGAUCAUGAAAUCAAUGCUGAUAUUAAUUACAAAAUUGAAAAUAUAGAAGCACAGUACAAUUUUUUUCAAGUGAAUAAAGAAACAGGAGAUAUUACAAUAAUGGAAAUUGAUCGUGAUUGUUUGAAACAAGAGAUUUUUAAAUUUAUAAUUAUAGCCUAUGAAGUUGAUAAUGUGACAUCAUCAAUUAAUAGUACAAUUGUUGUUGUAGUCAAUGAUAUAAAUGAUCAUAGUCCUGAAAUAAAACCAUCGAAUCUUAUAAUUGAUAUUCCUGAAGCGACUUAUAUGAAUCUUCAAUUUAAAGAGGCUAUUACAAUAACAGAUCCCGAUCUUGCGGAAAAUGCUCAAUUCGAUGUAAAAUUGGAAAAUGAUGAUAUCAUUAAUUGGAAAUCAGCUUUUAUAAUAAUUCCAAAUAGUGCUUAUCAAUUGGGAACGUUUACAAUAUCAGUGGUAAAUGCAACACUUUUGGAUUAUGAGGACGAAAAUUGGAGAAAUAUCAAAUUAAAAAUUGUAGCAAUAGAACGUGCAAAUUCAUCACACAUAGGCAUGAGGGACAUAAAAAUUAAUCUCAUAAAUUGGAAUGAUGAGUUACCAAUUUUUAAAAAUGAUAAUAUGACAAUUAAUAUUCGAGAAGAUGUAGAACUUGGCUAUCAUGUUGCCACUGUUUUUGCCGAAGAUCGUGAUGUUAAUGACACUGUUACACAUACCUUAGUGUCUAAUCAUGGAUUGGAAAUUGAUAAAAAAAAUGGUGAAAUUAAAACCACUAAUGAAAAAUCUUUUGACUAUGAAGCAAUGCCAAUUGUUAUUGUUCAAGUGAUGGCAACUGAUAAUGCAAAUCAUAAAACAUCCGCUAGUUUGACAAUAAAUGUCAUUGAUGUUAAUGAUAAACCCCCAUCAUUAUUUUUGGACCGAAAGAAACCUUCUAUUAAAGAAGAAGUUUCAAUUGGAACGGAAGUAAAUACAAAAAUUUAUGCAAAAGAUUUGGAUACAGAGGCAAAACUUGAAUUUAGUAUUCAUUGGAAUUCAUCAUCAGCAUAUAAAAGCAAUUCACUUGUUGAUGAUAUAACACUAUAUCAGGAGCACUUAAAAAUAAAAACAAUUUAUCCUAAUGGCAAAAUGGGAGAGGCUGAAGCUGUAUUAAUUGUAAAUGAUAGAAUUGAUUAUGAGGCAUUUGAUACUUUAUUUUUAACUAUAGUUGUUACUGAUUUGACUACUGUACAUAAUGAAGCAACCGAUUCUGCAUCAUUAACAUUAUUAAUCAUCGACAUAAACGAUAAUGCUCCUGAGUUUGGUGAAAUUGCUGAAAUGCAAAUUCAAGAGAAUCAAAAAACAAAUAUUCUCAUUGGUAGAGUAAUAGCUUACGAUGUUGAUGGUCCUGGUAAUAAUAUUGUCACCUAUUCUCUAAAACCUAUUAAUGGCACAGCAGAUAAAUUAAUUAAAAUUGAUGGAAAAAAAGGUGACAUUAGAGUGGACAAUGAUGGUGGAAUUGAUGCUGAAAUUUAUAAAUAUUUAUAUUACAAUGUUACUGCAACUGAUGGCGUGCACAAUACAAUAUUGCCGAAGUUCAUAUCAAAGAAAGAUCUGAAACUGGUACAAAAAUUAUUCAAAUUUUUGCCUUUGAUAACGACAGAACAUGUGACACCCUUUAACAAUGUUUCUUAUUUGAUAAACUCGGACUAUCCACAAUUACAGCAAUAUUUUAGUAUCGAUAAAUUUACUGGCUGGCUGGAAGUUAAUUUAAUUGAGGAUGCCAUUCUCGAUAGAGAUCGUGGACCAUCUAAUUAUACUGUCUAUUUAAAAUUAAGAGAUAAUUUUAUCGAAGGACUGAGCUAUAAUUCUAAUCAGAAUACAACAAUGGUAACUGUUAUACUUGACGAUAUUAAUAAUCAAUUACCGGAACUUCCAGUACUUUCAAAUCCUGUAAAAAUUAUUUCUGAAGAUACGAAUAAGGAUUUUUUAAUAUUAACCAUAACUGCUGACGAUAAAGAUGAUCCAAAUACAGAUAAUACUAAAGUAUUUUAUGAAAUAAAAGAAAUAAUUCAAAUAAACAAUCAAGCAAUAAAAUCCAACGUGGAGUGUUCUAAUUUAUUUAAAGUGACAACUGUCAAUAAAAAACAUGCCGAAAUAAGUACAAAUUGUCAUUUAAAAGGAUAUUAUGGAAUUUGGGCUUUAAAAUUAUAUGUUCAAGAUUUAGGUACUGAUCCUGGACCAUUGAAUGAUACGAAAAUUUAUAAUAUUCAAAUAACUGAUUUUAAUUAUCAUGAGCCAGUAAUAAUUUAUCCUACACCUGGUAAAGCAAUACGCCUAAGUCAGAACCAAAAAAUAAAUAUGCAAUUGAUAACGUAUGACGAUGGAAAAUUGGAAAAUUUUACAGCUACCGAUGAAGAUUAUGGGGAAAGUGGUUUGGUGACUUUUUCUCUUUCUGGCGCUGAUGCUGAAAUAUUUACAAUAAUCUCUUUUGAAAAUAAUAAAGCUCAGUUACAACUUACAUCAAUUCCUGAUUUCAACAAGAAACGAGUUUUUAAUCCAUUGGUUACUGUUACCGAUCAUGGACAACCAAAACAAAAAAGUAAAACUCAGACACAAAAAAUUAUUUUCGUUUCUACUAAUGGACCGGAAUUUGAGAAAAAUUUAUUUGUAACCUGGUUUCAUGAGAAUUCAACGGGAUUAAAUAAUUUUACAAUUAUACCAGAGGCAAAAGAUAUGAUAAAUGAAGGGAUUGAAGAAGAAUUGCCAGUUGUUAUUUAUUAUUUUUUAGAAAACAAUGAUGGUAACAUGGCGUAUUUCUCAUUGAAUAAAGAAACGAGAAAUUUAACAUUAAAAAAAGAAUUGGAUCGUGAAGUACAGGAGACAAUGAUUCUACGUGUAAUUGCAACGACAAAUUCCGAUGGACCAAUUUCUAAUCCUCGUGAAAAAGCUAUUUUAAAUAUUACAGUUAUUGUAGUAGAUGUAAAUGAUAAUCCUCCGAUUUUCGAAAAUAAGACAUAUUUUGGUGGUGUAGCAUUAGAAGAUGCAGUUGGAAAACUUAUUUUAAAAGUUGAUGCAACCGAUGCAGACUUUAAUGACAGUUUAUCGUAUAGAAUAAGUGAAAACAGUCUUUCAACGUCAGACACAUCACUCGAAGGAAUUUCUGUACCAUUUGUUCUAAAAAAUUCUACUGGUGAAUUAUUAUUGGAAUUUAAACCCACAUCCUAUAUGACUGGUUAUUUCAGUCUGGAUAUUCUUGUCAAUGAUCAAGUUUUACAUGAAGACUCAACGCACGUAAAAAUUUAUAUGAUUGCAAAAGAUAAUCGAGUGACGUUUACAUUUAGAAAUAAUAUGACAUUUUUAAAUGAACAAAAGUCAUAUAUUAUUAAGACAUUUACUGAAAUUUUUGGAUUAGUCUGUAACGUUGAUUAUAUUGAAAAAAGUGUAUCGGGCACAGCAGUUUCAGAAGAUGUUACAUUAAUUACAUCUCAUUUUAUAAAUGCAGAAACUAAUUUACCAGUGAGCGCUGACACAAUAAUUUUAAAAGUCAAUAAUUUAGAAACAAUAAGCAAUCUAAAAGCAAAUCUUUAUUCAGAUAAAAAAUUAUUGCUUGUUGAUGUACCAACGUCUUUGACAUCAAAUGAUACUGACAAUGAUGUUCUUCAAUGGGUUCUACUUUGUUUGACAACAUUUUUCUUUGUUGUGUCAAUUGCAUUAUUCAUAGCAUACAUCGUCAAAGUCAGAGGCUUAACGGAAAAACUUGAUAAAUUAGCAAUUACAAAUUAUGAUUCUCCUGAUCCUACAAUUGAAAAAAUUGCAAUUAUGCCAAAUGCAAAUAAAUUUGCCAUCGAAGGUUCGAAUCCAAUGUGGAAAACUGAAACUACCAAUGAAAUGGAAGAUAAUAUAAGUCAUGGAAGUGGAGAUUCUGAUCUGAUAGGAGUCGAAGAUAAUCCGAAUUUUAAUUAUGAAAGUAAGACAAACAAUGCAAAUAUCAUAAAACUCAAUACAAUUGUGCUUCCUAAUUUUGCAACAGAUUUUGAUUCAAAGAAUUCGAUACAGAAAAGAAAUUCAGUGAGUGAUGAAUAUAAUUGUUGACAAUAUUUAAUUAAAAAUAAAAAAUUCAUCAAUUAUUAUCAUUAUUAUUAUUAUUAUUAUUAUUAUUAUUAUUAUUAUUAUUAUUAAUAAUAAUUAUUGAUAUUAUAAACUGUAAAAAAAAGUGAUACUCUAUUAAUAAUAAAAUUCUUUUUUUAUGAA